UGUUAACCCUCUUAUCUCGUCGUGUUUUAUAUGCCAUGGCUCAACCUGUGUUCCAAAAGUAGUUUAGCGUGCAGAAGUUGCUGGCCCAUACAAUUUCUAUCUCCAAAUCUCCGUUUCUAGAGGUAAAUUCGCUACCCACUGCACGUCUCCCACCACAUUUCCACACCAUGAUAAUACGGCGGCUAUUCGGACGGCAAAGCCUAGCUUUGCUGAGGUCUCCCUCAUCCCGAACGACGGCGUGCGGCCGCUUAUUCGCGACGGAUUCAGACCCGACUCCUCCUCCGCCAAUUACCCAGCGGACUGCUACGAGUCAGACAGGUUCUAUUCCAACCACUGUGCUGGAUGGAAAUGCAAAAUCGUCCCUGCCGGGACAGCAGACAGAGGAGAAUGCCGCGCCCCGGGCUGGCCGUGGUGACCCGGUUGAAAACCCGCAAGAGAUAGCUGAAGCGUCGGGAUUAACAACAGCACCAGCACCAGCUACUCCCGCACAUACAUCAUCCCCUACAUCAUCGUCACGGCCAACAAAGAUAGCACAGCCAUCGCCCGAAAAAUUCCAUAAACUCGGCUCCGUCCUCAAAGACCUCUACAGACCAGAAAGUCUAAUUGCAAACCCCCCCCGCGUCGAAGACAUAACCCUCGAACUCCUCCUCGCCUCGCAAACCCACCUCGGCCACGCCACCUCCCUCUGGAACCCAGCGAACGCAGAAUACAUCUUCGGCAUCCGGCAGGGCGUGCACAUCAUCUCCCUAGACGUGACAGCCGCCUACCUGCGGCGGGCCGCCAAGGUCGUCCGCGAAGUCGCCCGGCACGGCGGGCUGAUCCUCUUCGUCGGCACGCGCAAGGGCCAGCGCCGCAUUGUCGUCAGCGCCGCCGAGCGCGCCAAGGGCUGCCACGUCUUCCAGCGCUGGAUCCCCGGCAGCCUGACGAACAGCGAGCAGAUCCUGGGCCACUGCGAGAAGCAGGUGGUCAAUGCCUUUGACGAGCCGCUGCCGGGCUACGAGGCGCAGCUGGAGCAGCUGCCCGCGCUCAAGCCGGAUCUGGUCGUGUGUUUGAAUCCGCUGGAGAAUCGGCCGCUGCUACAUGAGUGUGGCCUGCAUACGAUCCCGACGAUUGGGAUUAUUGAUACCGAUGCUAAUCCGACGCAUGUUACGUACCCGAUCCCGGCGAAUGAUGACAGUUUGCGAUCUGUGGCGGUCAUCGCGGGGGUUUUGGGGAGGGCGGGGGAGGAUGGGCAGCGGGUUAGAUUGCAGGAGGCGGCGGAGGGGAAGGUUAUGUAUGCUGUGAAUGAGAUAUUGGAGGAUUGGAAGCCGAAGUCUGCGGAGGUUGCGGAGGCGGGGGCGGAUCAAUAAUUGAUUGAAGGGGAUGGAUGACGGGUUGGUGUUGUAGUUUUUGUAUUUUUUCAAUCUCUUCUUGCUUGUUAACCUUUUUUUUUUUUUAUUUCUGGCAAUGUUCUGGUCUGGUCUUUCAUGUUUUCUAUUGUAGAAAAAAAUAUUAUGUAUAAAUAGGAAUUUAUUUUCAUUUAGGAUUUUGAUUCUUCUUUUGAUUUUCUCUAUGAAUUUGUCACGGCCACUUCCUCCUUUUCGCCCUCAAGAGGCAAUACAGACAUGGAUGUGGUGGUUUUCUAUAUAUUCAGCCUGCUCAAGAUCAGUUGAGUAGACAAAUGGAACCCUGGACGCUUUG